AUGAACGCUUUUCCACCCCACAAAUCCAUUCCCUCUAUCCCCGUCAAUCAAACCAUCGCUCUCAAAUACCUACAAGAAUACCUCUCUCUCACAUCCAGCACACCAUAUCUCCUCCCUAACGCCAAACUCGAGCCUACGGGCCCUACAAUUGGCAGUAGUAACUCCAGUGUUACUAUUCACAAUCUCCAACGAGUUGAAGCCGGUCUACGCGGAGAAUGGCUUGCGCCGACAUUAGAACUUGAGGAGGAACAUGCCGUGGAGAUUGCGCAAGGAGCGAUGCAGGGAAGCGGGGGUGACACAAUGGAGGUAAAUGGGUGGCAGGAUAAGGAAGAGUUUGAAAGAGAACAGAGCAUUGAGGAGGGAGAUGUAGGAGCUAGGGUGCAAAAUGUGAAAGACAGGCAGGUUGACAGUGAUUUGGAGGAUGAGCCAAGUGCGAAUAAGACUCUGGAUUCACCGAACGCUACGAAAGCGACCGUGGGGGAAUUGUCCAGGCAGGAGAAGGACGCACGAAAGGCAGAGAAGAAAGCGAGACACAAGGCGGAACUGAAGGUGAAGGAGAAGAAGAAGAAAUCUACAGCAUAA